AUGAGAGGUACCUCUCUUGGAUUGGUCGCCAGCCAAUCGCAGGAGUCAUAUACAGUACAAACAAGCAUUCACAUCAAAUAUGGGCAGCUAGCUCUUCCAGCCCCAACAUAAACGUAUGUCCUACUAGUAAGAUAUUUCAUUUCACACAGUCUAACUAGUAUCAUAGUUAAAGCUAGAUGGCAACUUUGUAUCAUGUUCCUGUCUUUUGUGACGUUGAGCGUUGUAGUCGGGAGCGCGCACGCCUGCCAGCCGUCCACGCGCCGGCUGCAAAGCGUCCUUUUCGGUUUCCAUGGCAACCUAAAGUCAACGCACACGGAGCGAGUGACGGAGAGCGAGGCAGACGUGUUGCGGCUCCAAGUUUCAGGUCUUCAAAAUCCACCUUGAAGCCGACGAAGAGGGAACUUGACGGCACUCUAAGGUCGUCGUGAAUGAUGGAGAACCUGUGCCACACCCUGGCGCCAUUAUGCCCUUGUCCUGCUGCUUUUGGGGGCCCUUUCUCCUCCUCUUGCCACAUGACUUCCCUUCCCCUGUCACCCAUCUCCUUCCCGCCGUCACCGACCACAGCUGAGUCGCUCCCAUCUUCCUCCUCUUCUUCCUCCUCCUCCUACUGCUCCCCGCUUUCUAAAUGCAUGGUGUCCCAACAUCUGGAGUGUCCCCCGGGCACGUGGGACCAGGAUGACCUGACGUGCCUCAGCUGGUUACACCAACGGGGCAACCUUCUCCCACUCCAGCCGAUUCCUAAAGUGACGCUGCCUCAGACCCGGGAGGAAUCCAUACGGGACCCCGCUUCAGCCAAGCCGCCGUACUCCUUCAGUAGCCUGAUUUUCAUGGCCAUAGAGGACUCAACGGACAAGAGGCUGCCGGUGAAGGACAUUUACGGCUGGAUUGUGGACAAGUUUCCCUACUACAAGACGGCCAGCGCAGGGUGGAGGAACUCGGUCAGGCACAAUCUGUCCUUGAGCAAGAGCUUCUGCCGCAUGGAUAGGGACAAAAGUCAGUCGGCAGGGAAAGGAUCUCUGUGGCGCGUGAAUCCAGAUCAUCGAACGUCGCUGUUGGAAGUUCUUCGGAAGACGCACGCCUACCACAGCAACAGCAGCAGCCUCAUAAGCAAACCUGCCUUGUUGGAAGGCGUGGACUAUGGCGUGUCUGUAGUGUGCGACUCCAUGGAAAUGUCAGAUUGCCUCCCUCACACCCUGAUGCUGUCGCUGCCGUCGCCCCACAGCCCCAGCCAGGAUAAUCCCGCUUUCUCCGACCACCCGGAUUUCCCCUUGACACCGGAGCACGAGGAGUUGGUGGCCAUCGAGCCAGUGGAAUACCAAGCGGAGGAUCUGGGCGGGGAUUUGGACAAAGACCCACUGGGCGACAGCGGCUACAUCGAGCUGCACUACUACCAGUCCCCCGAGUACCAGUAUCUGGUCUUGCCCGACGACACUGAGCUGGACCUGGAGACGGUGGAGAUUCUGCAGCUGGACGCCGAGGCGCAGGAGGCGGCCGGCUCGCUGCUGGAUUUAGCAGGGAGCGGAUAUCAAUAGCCAUCUGAGUCUUUGUUGUAUUCUUAUAGGUGACAACAUCACUGCCCAAUGAUUGCAAACUUGUAGCUUUUUCUGAUAUGGGUACUACUAGUCUGCAUCACUUGAUUUUAAGCACUUGAUCAAUGCACCAAGUACAGUAGACAAAUGUUUUGAGACACUUAUAAGUGUUUUCCAAACACUUUUACAUGUUUAAAUUUCCUGCAAAAUGACAAAAAUGAAGUAAGCCCCUCAGUGGCUCAGUACUACUAGUACGUCAAAAUUGUCCGAGGACAAACAGUAUGGUACUACAUAGACCUAGAGCUGGAUGACGUAUAGUCAAAAUCCUCGAUAACGGAUCCGGGCUACAGGUCACUAGUUACACCAAGUGGUUUUAAUAGUGCAAGACGGUAGUUUACUAAUAAGGUUUGAUUGAAUACUAGUAGGCCAAAAGUGGCACUAGUAGUGGAAAAUCAUGUAAAAAGUAUUUUUGCUUACACAUUUUUCUAAUCUAACAAAUAAAAUGUCAUUCUGUUAUUGUGACUAUAGUGUCUUUUUUUCUGGUUCAGUAGGACAUGUCACUUUCUAUGCCCUUUUUGUACUUUAUUUUCCCUGUAAUCAAUCAGCAUUUUUGUUGACUGAUUUACUUUUCUUGUUCAUAUUUUAGUGCUAAC